AUGGAGGAUGACUUUAUACCGGACGUGUUCCCGGCUCGCACCGGGGAGGCGGACCCCCUGAACCCCAACUCCACGGAGGAGCCCUCGUGGACGUCUGAGGGCGCGGAGUCGGUGCACGUGGCGGUGCGGUGCGUCAUGACCUCCGCGUACCUGCUGAUCAUCUCCGUGGGGCUGCUGGGGAACAUCACCCUGGUCCGGAUCUUCAUCACCAACAGCGCCAUGCGCAGCGUCCCCAACAUCUUCAUCUCCAGCCUGGCGGCGGGAGACCUGCUGCUGCUGGUCACGUGCGUGCCCGUGGACGCCUUCCGGUACUUCUCCGAGGAGUGGGUGUUCGGCGACGCGGCGUGUAAACUCAUCCCCGUCAUCCAGCUCACCUCGGUCGGCGUGUCUGUGUUCACGCUCACGGCGCUGAGCGCGGACAGGUACAAGGCCAUCGUCAACCCCAUGGACAUCCAGACGUCCAGUGCUGUCUUCUGGACGUGUCUGAAGGCUGCGUCCAUCUGGCUGUUGUCCGUCCUGUUGGCCGUCCCUGAAGCCGUCUUCUCCCAGGUCGUCACCAUGACGGGUCACAGGGACAGUAAUGUGACCUUUGUCAACUGCGUCCCUUACCCGUUGUCCAAUGAGCUCCAUCCUCGGAUCCACUCGGUCCUCCUCUUCCUGGUCUACUUCCUGGUUCCUCUGUCCAUCAUCUCCGUCUAUUAUUACCACAUUGCUCGCACCCUCAUCAGGAGCGCCCACGACAUGCCCGGGGAGGUCAGCGACCACACCAGGAGGCAGAUGGAGACCAGGAAGCGUCUGGCCAAGAUCGUGCUGGUGUUCGUGGGCCUGUUCGCCCUCUGCUGGUUCCCCAACCACGUCCUCUACAUGUACCGGUCCUUCCACUACCGUCACAUGGACCUGUCCCUGGUCCACCUGGUGGUCACGCUGCUGGCCCGGGUCCUCAGCUUCUCCUCGUCCUGUGUCAACCCCUUCGCCCUCUACCUGCUCAGCGAGAGCUUCCGCCGACACUUUAACAGUCAACUGCGAUGUGGGCGAGGGCCCCGCCCCCAGCGCCAGCCCAGCUACCUGCACAGCACCUCCCACAUCCGCCUCACCUCCAUCAAAAAGACCACACCCACUGCCGCCGUCAUCGCCCCGGCCGCCAAUGGCGGCUCCAGCAGACAAGAAGUGGCUCUGUGAAGACCCGCCCUCCAGACGCAGAGGAGACAACAGGCGCCAUGGCAACUGA